UAAAUAUAUAUUAUAUAUAAGCUGAUCAAUAAGCACUGCUGAAAUACCCCUUCUGAUUGAGGAAACUUAUCAGCGCAUAAACCUUUUUGGGGAAAAAGUUUAUUGCCGCAGCUAACGGGACAGGCCGCGACGCGGACCUGGGCCUUGCAACAUAUUCGGCAAGUGGGUCAGUCUUUGGAUGAGAGUUACAAAAUAUGUGCAUUAAAAUGCAACAGUCAACAACAGCAACAACAAGGCGAAUAACAGGCAGCUGCAACAUCAGCAACAACAUCAAAAUGCUGCAAAUGUUGUUUUUGGCAUUGCUGCUGCUGCUGCUGUUAAGCGCACAAAUCGAACCGGUGGAUGGCCUCAAAGUAACGGCGUCUCUCAUAACGAAUCACAACUAUCCUGUGGAGGAGCACACAGUCCACACGCCGGAUGACUAUAUACUCACGAUCUAUCGGAUACCCACUUCUCCUAAGUUGCAGGCGAUGAAUCAAACACAGGAGAAGAAGAAGCCUGUGGUAUUUCUACAGCAUGGCAUACUCUGUGCCUCUGAUGAUUGGAUCAUCAAUGGACCGGAGACGUCGCUUGCCUAUAUGUUCGCCGAUGCGGGCUACGAUGUUUGGCUAGGCAAUGCAAGAGGCAAUACCUAUUCUCGGCAACAUAAGCAUAUACAUCCGGACACAUCGGAUUUCUGGAAAUUCAGCUGGCAUGAGAUUGGGGUCUACGAUCUGGCUGCCAUGUUGGAUUUUGCCCUAGCUGUGAGUGACAGCAAAUCGUUGCAUUUUGUUGCCCAUUCACAGGGCACAACAACUUACUUUGUGCUCAUGUCCUCGCUGCCAUGGUACAAUGACAAGGUUCGAACGGUGCACUUGCUGGCACCAAUCGCCUACAUGAGGAACCAUUCGUUUAUAUUAUCUAAAUUGGGUGGUAUGUUGCUUGGCUCGCCGUCGGUACUCAGCUGGGUGCUAGGCAACAUGGAGCUGUUGCCCAUUACAAGUAUUCAAAAGAUUCUAUGUGAACAUGUCUGUUCGGUGGGCUCCAUGCUGAAGUUUUUGUGUUCGGGCCUGUUGGAUUUCAUUGGUGGCUGGGGCACCCGGCAUCUAAAUCAUACUCUACUAACAGACGUUUGUGAAACGCAUCCAGCUGGCGCGUCGACUACACAAAUUAUACACUACCUUCAGCUGUACACAUCAGGCGAUUUUCGACAGUACGAUCAUGGCAGGGAGCAGAACGAGAUCAUUUACAGACAAGCGGAGCCACCUUCUUAUAAUGUGCAGAAUAUCAAUAGUUGUGUAAAUAUGUACUACAGCGAUAAUGAUUAUAUGUCUGCUGUGGAGGAUGUUGAAUAUUUGGCAACGUUGCUCCCAUGUGCGGAUCUCUAUCGUAUACCCUACAAAGACUGGAAUCAUUAUGAUUUCCUUUGGUCUGUCAACGUCAAGGAAGUGAUCAAUAAUAGAAUAAUUGAUAAAAUGCACAGCUAUGAUAUCGAGCACAAUACGGCCAUCAGUUUCUAAUUUAUACGAUAAAAGUUUA